AUGGGUAAAAGCUUCCGCAUUUCAAACCACAACGGGGCCUUCGCUAGGAUGAUCCUCUCUCUCUACCUGUUUGUUCUCUGCAUGGAGCGUUUGGCCAUUCAGAUCCAAAGACUAGUGGAGGAGGGAUUCUGGAAACCAAUUAGAAUCACCAAAGGAGGCUUUGGAGAGCCAAUUGCCGGUGGUAGCGGACAUGCUGCAGAGUUUUUGUUCAGCUUCCGGAUGAAAGUUAAUCUUGAGAAGUCACAGAUGUUUUGCUCCAAAAACGUGGAUAGCCGUCAACAACAAAGAUUUUCAAACAGCUUGGGGAUCCGGCGUGCGGCGAAUCUAGGAAAAUACCUUUGUAUACCUCUUAUAAAAGGGAGGGUGAUUAAGAGUGUUUUUGCUCCCAUCAUGGACAAAGUGAACACUAGACAGACAACUUGGAAAAUAUGUGCUAACCUCUCUCCCCGUGUACGCUAUGCAUGCCCUUUGACUCCCAAAAUCAUGCCUUGGGGGGAAAUUACCCACACUAAGGAGUUAGGUGGUCUUGGGAUCUGUAGCACCCGCCACCUUAACAACAUUGCUAUGCUGGGUAAACUUGUAGAGAAUCUUCUUCAUGACAGAGGAAAAUCGUGGGUUGUAGCUCUCUUAGAAAAAUACGUAGGGAAUGUCAUUGUUCUUGAUGGUACCUACAAAGGGGGACACUCGUACAUUUGGCGUGGAACUGUCAAGGCUAAGAAGCAUAUUAAGGAACUAUACAAGUCGCAACUAGGGGAAGGAGGUUCUUCGUUAUGGUGUCACAAUUGGCUUGGAAGUGGGAAACUGUGUGAUAGAGUCCCUUUUGUACAUAUAACAGAAACUCUGCUCCGACUAUCUGACGUAUGGGAAGGGGGACGCAGGAACUUGUCUAGUAUGUACACUGUUCUACCAAACCAAGUCAAGGAGGAAAUUCUAGCAAUUCAGGUUCCAUGUGCGCCUAAUGGAAGAGAUGCCUUAAGAUGGACAGAAACCACCAAUGGUCAGUACACAACAACAUCGGCAUAUUCCACCCUUACAGAGACAAACGACAAUGUUUCCUUUGCCUUGAAGAAGAUAUGGAAAUUCGAGGUCUCGAAAAAAAUCAGAUUCUUUCUCUAG